AUCCAAGCAAUCAACAAUCACCUUCUGAUCUCCUUCCAACUUCUCCCACCGCGAUUCCUUUUUUUCCGGGAUCUAUUUCAGCUUCACACUCAUUUCCGAUUUUUGCGCAUUCUAACAUAAUUUGCUAGCGCUGAGUACCCUCCUCAAAUUGAAUAGCCCUCGGGCAAGACGCACCCACCACAUAUCCCAAGAUGGGCUCCCUACCCAUCAAAUUUACGGAACUGCUCCAGGUACGUCCAGAUCGGUUUGCUCUGCGAGCAAGAUCUUGAUACCUGAAUCAUAACUGACAGUUCGCAAUAGCUGACCAGCGCUGCCGUUAAUGUUGAGGUACGUGCCACGCGCUCCAUAUACUCUAGCUGGCAGAGCUACAGGCAACCAUUUACCGACUCUGAACUAACCUGCAUUCUUUAUAGCAAGCAUCAAUUGGCUUCAACUCGUGUGUAAGUUCUGCUGCAGAGGUCAUAUUUGAAAAUUGGGCAAUCGCUGAUAUCCACGCCAGACCCUUGAAUCCGACUCCUUUAUUUGUAUUCGCGAGAAGAAGAACGAAGCUGCCUCACCCGAAGUCAUAAUCAUCGAUCUCAAACAAAAUAACAAUGUCAUCCGACGACCCAUCAAGGCGGACAGUGCUAUCAUGCACUGGACAAAGCAGGUUAUUGCGUUAAAGGCCCAGUCGCGUACCCUUCAGAUAUUCGACCUCGGCCAAAAGACAAAGCUGAAAUCGGCGACCAUGAACGAGGAUGUAGUGUUCUGGAAGUGGUUCAGUGAGACAAGCUUGGGUUUGGUGACAGAUACUGCAGUAUUCCACUGGGAUGUGUUUGAUCCAAAUCAGCCAUCUCCAGUAGAAGUAUUCAAGAGAAAUCAAAACCUAGCAGUAAGUCCAGGCAAGUUUCAGGGUUUUUUAGCUUGGGUUCUAAUUUCAAGCAGGGCUGCCAAAUUAUCAAUUACCGCGUUAGCGAUGAUGGGGAUGGAAAAUGGAUGGUUGUGAUCGGUAUCCAACAACAGCAGGGUCGAGUGGUUGGUGCUAUGCAACUUUACUCCAAAGACCGUGGUAUCAGUCAGGCGAUCGAGGGACAUGCUGCUGCAUUCGGUACACUACGCCUAGAAGCUGCACCAUCAGACACCAAAGUUUUCACGUUUGCGGUCCGUACGGCCUCUGGCGCAAAGCUGCACAUCGUUGAAGUUGAUCAUCAAGCUGCAAACCCGGCUUUUCCUAAGAAGGCCGUUGAUGUAUACUUCCCACCAGAAGCCGUAAACGAUUUCCCUGUUGCGAUGCAGGUUUCCCAGAAGUACAGCGUCAUCUACCUCGUUACGAAAUACGGCUUCAUCCACCUAUACGAUUUGGAGACUGGAACCUGUAUUUUCAUGAACCGCAUUUCAAGCGAGACUAUCUUUAUCACAACCUCCGACUCAGCCUCCCAGGGUCUGGUUGGUAUCAACCGUAAAGGACAAGUGCUGUCUGUUGCUGUUGACGAAUCUACCAUUAUUCCCUAUCUCCUUCAAAAUCCUGCCAACUCUUCAUUGGCAGUCAAGCUUGCAUCCAGAGCUGGACUUCCCGGUGCAGACAACCUAUAUGCUAAUCAGUUCGAGUCAUUGAUUCAAGCCGGUAAUUACGCAGAGGCUGCGAAGAUCGCCGCAAACUCGCCUCGGGGCUUUUUGCGUACACCACAGACAAUCGAGAAGUUCAAGUCACUGCCAGCUAUUCCUGGUCAGCUUUCUAUCAUCCUUCAGUACUUUGGCAUGCUGCUUGAUAAGGGAGCUCUUAAUAAACACGAGACACUCGAGCUUGUAAGACCGGUUCUUGCACAACAGAGAAAGCACUUGCUUGAGAAGUGGAUGCAAGAGAAGAAGCUGGAUUGCUCAGAGGAGUUGGGUGAUAUCGUUCGUCCACAUGACAUAUCACUAGCUUUAACAAUAUACCUUCGUGCCAAUAUCCCACCAAAGGUUGUUGCUGCUUUUGCAGAGACUGGCCAGUUUGAGAAGAUCCUUCCAUAUGCCACUCAAGUAGGAUACACACCGGAUUAUAUUGUUCUCCUUCAAAACAUAGUCCGUAUCAACCCCGAGAAAGGUGCCGAAUUUGCAACCCAACUUUCACAAAACGAGAGUGGUCCUUUGGUAGACAUCGAGCGUGUCGUUGAUGUCUUCCAAUCUCAGGGUCUGGUCCAACCAGCAACUGCUUUCCUGCUCGAUGCCCUCAAGGACAAUAAGCCAGAGCAAGGCAACCUCCAGACUCGUCUUCUUGAGAUGAACCUUAUGAGUGCUCCUCAAGUUGCCGAUGCUAUACUCGGAAAUGACAUGUUCUCCCACUACGACAAGCCUCGUAUUGCAGCACUUUGCGAGCAAGCUGGUCUCUUUCAGCGUGCACUCGAGCAUUACGAGGACCCAGAGGCUAUCAAGCGUGUCUUGGUUAACAUUGUUGCAACACCAAAUUUCUCUGCUGACUGGUUGGUCAACUUCUUUGGUCGCCUGUCCCUCGAGCAAUCUCUUGACUGCCUUGAUGCCAUGCUGAAGAGCAAUAUUCGACAGAAUCUUGCUUCUGUGGUCCAAAUUGCCACAAAGUACUCCGACCUAUUGGGUGCUACAAGAUUGAUCGAUCUUUUCGAGAAGUACAAGACAGCUGAGGGAUUGUUUUAUUAUCUCGGAAGUAUUGUCAACUUGAGUGAAGAUCCCGAUGUUAACUUCAAAUACAUUGAGGCCGCUACCAAGAUGGGCCAAUUUGGCGAGGUAGAGCGCAUCUGCCGUGAUUCAAACCAUUACAACCCUGAAAAAGUUAAGAACUUCCUGAAGGAGGCUAAGCUUGUUGAACAAUUGCCACUCAUCAUUGUCUGCGAUCGAUUCGACUUCAUUCAUGAUCUGGUCCUCUAUCUCUUCCAGAACCAACAGUUCAAGUCGAUCGAAGUCUAUGUUCAACGCGUCAACCCCGCCCGCACUCCUGCAGUUGUUGGUGGUCUCCUCGAUGUCGACUGCGAUGAAAGCAUCAUCAAGAAUCUCCUUCAAACUGUUAACCCAGCCUCGGUACCUAUCGAUGAGCUUGUCGGCGAGGUUGAGACACGCAAUCGCCUCAAGAUCUUGCUUCCCUUCCUUGAAGCCACCCUCGCAGCUGGUAACCAACAACAAGCUGUCUACAAUGCCUUGGCGAAGAUUUAUAUUGAUAGCAACAAUGAUCCGGAGAAAUUCCUUCGCGAGAACGACAUGUAUGAUACUCUCGUGGUCGGAAAGUAAGUGUUGAAAACUCCCAUAAGAUUUAUCAUACAGAAAACUAACCAGUGAAAAGAUAUUCGGAGAAACGAGACCCAAAUCUUGCCUACAUUGCCUAUUCCAAGGGCCAGAACGAUUUGGAAUUGGUCAACAUCACCAAUGAGAACUCUAUGUUCAAAGCUCAAGCCCGCUAUCUCCUUGCCAGAGCUGACAAUGAGUUGUGGUCCUUCGUUCUCAGCCCAAACAACAUCCACCGCCGCUCUGUUGUAGACCAAGUCAUCUCUACGGCUGUACCUGAGUCAACCGAACCAGACAAGGUUUCUGUUGCAGUCUCCUCUUUCCUUAAUGCCGAUUUGCCUGGAGAAUUAAUCGAGCUUCUAGAGAAGAUUGUCCUCGAACCAUCGCCAUUCAGUGACAAUGAAAAUCUUCAGAAUCUUCUCAUUCUUACAGCAACCAAGGCUGACAAGAGCAAGGUAUUGGAUUACAUUCAUCGACUCGACGCCUACAAUGCACCCGAUAUUGCCAACAUCUGUAUUGAGGUUGGCUUAUAUGAGGAGGCACUUGAGGUUUACAAGAAGACCAAUGAUCACAAGAGCGCCGCAAAUGUUCUCGUGGAACACAUUGUCAGCAUUGACCGUGCUCAGGAGUAUGCCGAGCGAGUUGAGCUUCCUGAAGUAUGGAGCAUUGUUGCAAAGGCUCAAUUGGACGGUCUCCGUGUCACAGAUGGUAUUGAAUCAUACAUUCGUGCUGAGGAUGCCAGCAACCAUCUCGAGGUCAUCGAAAUUGCUACACACGCUGGCAAAGAUGAAGAUCUCAUCAAAUUUCUCCGCAUGGCCCGCAAGACUCUCCGAGAACCCGCCAUUGAUACUGCCUUGGCUUUCUGCUUUGCCCGCACCGAGCAAUUGAGUGAGUUGGAGGACUUUUUGCGUGGCACAAAUGUUGCGAACAUUGAGGAAUCUGGUGAUAAGGCAUAUGCGGAAGGUCAUCAUCUUGCUGCCAAGAUCUUCUUCACCAGUAUCUCCAACUGGGCCAAGUUGGCAACAACCCUCGUCCACCUCGAAGAUUACCAGUCUGCUGUUGAGUGUGCACGUAAGGCAAACAACAUCAAGGUCUGGAAGCAAGUCAACGCCGCUUGUGUGGAGAAGAAGGAGUUCAGAUUGGCACAAAUUUGUGGCUUGAACUUGAUCAUCGACGCCGAAGAAUUGCAGGACUUGGUCAAGCAGUAUGAGCGCAAUGGAUACUUUGAUGAACUCAUUGCCGUCCUCGAACAAGGUCUUGGUCUCGAACGCGCUCAUAUGGGUAUGUUCACUGAGCUUGGUAUCGCUUUGUCCAAAUAUCACCCUGAUCAGGUUAUGGAGCACUUGAAGCUCUUCUGGGGCCGUAUCAACAUUCCAAAGAUGAUCCGUGCAUGCGAGGAGGCACAUCUCUGGCCAGAGCUUGUCUUCCUUUACUGCCAUUAUGACGAGUGGGAUAAUGCAGCACUUGCCAUGAUGGAGCGCGCUGCCGAUGCUUGGGAGCACCAUUCCUUCAAGGACAUUAUCGUCAAGGUUGCCAACUUGGAGAUUUAUUACCGUGCCCUGAACUUCUACCUUCAGGAGCAGCCAUCACUCAUUACCGAUCUGCUUCAAGCUUUGACCCCUCGAAUUGACGUUAACCGAGUUGUGAAGAUGUUCGAGAAGUCUGAUAACAUCCCUCUUAUUAAGCCAUUCCUUCUGAAUGUCCAGUCUCAAAAUAAGAAGACCGUCAACAGUGCGAUCAACGAUCUCUUGAUUGAAGAGGAAGACUAUAAGACAUUACGAGACUCUGUUGAGAAUUACGACAACUAUGAUUCCACCGCACUCGCACAGCGAUUGGAGCGCCAUGAAUUGGUCUUCUUCCGACAGAUUGCUGCCAACAUUUACCGAAAGAACAAGAGAUGGGAUAAAUCUAUUGCCCUUUCCAAGCAAGACAAGCUGUUCAAGGAUGCUAUCGAGACAUCCGCCAUGUCUGGAAAGCCCGAGGUUGUCGAGGAGUUGUUGAGAUAUGUAAGUUACGCUUUGCGCUACUGUGAUGAGGUUUAUUCUAACCCCUGUGUAGUUUGUCGAUAUUGGCAGCCGCGAAUGCUAUGUUGGCAUGUUGUAUGCUUGUUAUGAGCUUAUUCCAAUCCACGUUGUUAUGGAAGUUUCAUGGCGUCACGGAUUGACUGACUUCACCAUGCCUUUCAUGAUCAACUACCUCGCCCAGCAGAGCUCUACUAUUGAGACACUCAAGCGCGAUAACGAGGAGAGAAAGUCGCGCGAGAAGUCACACGAGGUCGAGGAGAGUAACGCACCAAUUCUUGGAGGUGGUCGAUUGAUGAUUGCCGCCGGACCUGCCGGACGACAAUCACCUGCUCCCUUCACAAACGGCUUUGUUCCACAGCCAACUGGCUUCUCGGGAGGGUUCUAA